AUGGGCAAGAAGCGUGUUCUCGUUAGCUACGGCGUCGACGUCGAUGCCGUCGCUGGUUGGUUGGGGUCCUAUGGAGGAGAGGAUUCCUCGAACGACAUCAGCAGAGGUUACUUUGCAGGAACUAUCGGUGUACAGCGAGUACUCAAAUUGCUUGCCAAGUACAACAUCAAGGCGACAUGGUUUAUUCCAGGACACAGCCUCGAGACAUUCCCGGAGGACAUGGCCGCGGUCCGAGACGCCGGACACGAGAUCGGCCUUCACGGCUACUCACACGAGAACCCGACCGACAUGACCAUUGAGCAGCAGAGAGAUAUUCUCGACAAGACAUACCGCAUGCUCACAGACUUCGUGGGCAAGCCUCCUAGAGGCAGCGUCGCUCCGUGGUGGGAAACAAGCAGAGAGGGAGCCCAGCUUCUGCUAGAGUACGGCAUCGAGUACGACCACAGCAUGAGCCAUCAUGACUGCCAGCCGUAUUACCUUCGGAUCGGCGACGAAUGGACGAAAAUCGACUACACAAAGAAGGCGAGCGAGUGGAUGAAGCCUCUUGUCAGGGGACAGGAGACCGGGCUCGUCGAGAUUUGCUCGAACUGGCACCUUGACGACUUGCCGCCGCUCAUGUUCAUCAAGGAUGCGCCCAACAGCCACGGCUUCGUCAACGCGAGAGACGUGGAAGACACCUGGAGAGACCACUUUGACUACUUUUACCGGGAGUACGACGAGUUCAUCUUCCCGCUGACCAUCCACCCGGAUGUGUCGGGUCGUCCGCACGCCCUGUUGAUGCAUGAGAGGCUCAUUGAACACAUGAUGAAGCACGAGGGCGUCGAGUUCGUUACGAUGGAGCAGAUCUGCGACGAUUUCAAGGCAAAGAACGCGCCAGCCGAAGGGGCCAUCAUGCCCGCGGAACCUGGCGCCAUCCUUAAAAAUGCAACGCAGUAG